AUGUCCAAAGAUGAUGAGCCUUCAUACAUUGACUAUGAAGCCUUCCUCGAUCCAGACUUCUCGGCAACGUCUUUCGCGAACACGCUCGUUCUCUCGACCAACAACCCCUCCGACACCCCGCUAGAUCUGUCAACACCACUAUCGCGCGUCCUCUUCGAUGUUCAGGAAGUCGACACGCAUAUCGAUACUUUGACUACCAAGUCGGCACUGCCCCUACUAGAGCAUACACGAGACCAUGCCGAAUCGAGCGGACGCAUACUGCACGAGGUGGAAGGACAGGUUGCCAGUUUGACCGAGUCGUACAGAACACUAGAGAAGGAGGUUGUUGAGCGCUACGAGGUCGCUGAGCAGGUGCAGUUGACAGCAGAGAGACUCUGCGAGACUGUCAAGCUUGGACGAGCCGUAGCGCGAUGUCUCAUGCUGGGAAGGCAGCUCGAGGUUCGCAUGUCGGAGCUGGGCGGUGUUGGCAGCGCAAAGAGAGAGGAUCAUAGGGCCAUGGUGCGCUCGGCAGACACGAUACUAUCGCUGCGCCAAAUACUUGCGGCUUCAAAGCCAGGCGAAGAGGGAGAAGGUCUGGACAGAGUCAAUGCGGUGAAUACGCUCAAGAACGAGCUUGUCAGCCCUGGCGAGCGAAGCAUAUCGUCGCGUGCUCAGCAGGUGGUCAAGGAGUUUUCCAUGUCCUCGCUGCUGUCUUCAGCAGGUCAAAACUCGGCUUCCACGUUUGCGCAAACCGAAGACACAAAGUCGAGAACGACGUCUGCACUGCUCACCCUCUACCUCCUCUCACCAGUAUCGACCAAGGCCACGACCGACACAUUCGACCCAACAUUUAUGCUCAAUGCGCUACAAGACUAUCUCCAGACCCAGCUAAAGUCGUCACUCGCUUCACUUGCGCGAGCCUUGGGCCAGCUUCCCACAUUGGACCGCACGCUGCUCGAGAUAUCCGCGCGGUGCCAAAACAUCGUAGCGCUACAGUCUCUCCUCGAAAGCAUCAAGCCACCUUCGCAUCCGCUACUCGACUCCUCGCAUACCUCGACUCCCACCAACUUUCUGCAACCCCUCCUCCAAGCCCUCGAUACAUCCUCCCUACCCAGCUACUUCUGGAGAACCCUCGCCUCCAACAUGUCGCCCAGAGUCCAAGAGCUCAUGAACAAAGGUGGUGUUUCUGCGAGGACACUGAGGAGUAACAAGACUGCAGUCGGAGAUUCGGUUCGGGAAUGUGUAAGUCGCGGCAGUCAGUUGCCUGGAGCGUUGUCGAGUAAGGGUGUAGCUGUGACUUGGGAGAGAGAAGCUGCCGUCAUGGUCAGGAGUAUAACAGGACAGAUCAAGUGA